GUGCACCACCACGCCUGGAUCCAGAUCACAGACACGUUUAAUGCAGAUUCACACCAACCGCCAAUAAUGUCCACGGAGGGAUUCCUUCCAUCGGAAGCUGUCAGAAAAACUACACGGCAGAGCUACAUCAAGGAACGUCGUCUCCCACCAGGAAGCACUACGGGAUUCCCAGUGAGCCCACAGCAGCUGCCUGGUGCCAUCGCCCUGACAGAAAAUAACUGUUUAUAUGGACCGCAAUAUGUUCCUCCUCGUGUCCUUGUGUGGCUGACGCAAACUUCCCACCAGCCCCCGAUGCCAGCCUGCACCGGAGUCUCCUAUGUGCUUGGACGCCCUGAUCAUGGGAACGGCUUGAUUAAAUCUACCCAGCACCGUGGGCACCCUUAUCCUGGACCCGUAGUCGGCACAGCUCUGUUCUUCACAUGGGAGCUGCACACUCUUGGACCUGGACCUGUCGCUCCGUCCGGGAGCCUCAGAGUAGCCCUCGCACUGCCCGCCCUGUCCCAGCAGCUGCCGUCUGACCUCUCCGGUCUCCCACUCCAUUCCGUGUUGCCUGUGUGGACCCACUUUGACGUCCUGCGUGAAUAUAAAGGAGAAGUGUGUAGGCUGCGUGGAAACACGAUGCUGAAUUCCACGAGGGGCUUGAGGGCACGUGCUGUGUCCUGGGCCAGUCCUGAUCAGGAAGAGAGGGGCUGCUUCCUGACUCUCCUUGGUUUUCUGGCUCUCAUCAAACUUCACUCCUUCCUUGGCAACGUCCUGAAACCUCUUCCCAUCAAACUUGGGAAGGGCCUGGAUGUAGGCUCUAUGAGGUAAAUGACUUCAUAACCCUUCUGCAGAAGCCGCUCAGCAAGUGGAGAAGACUCAGCCUCUGGAUCUGGCCACGAAGUAGAUGUUAUCCUCUUUUUCCUUCAUUCUUGCCACACACUGAUCUAGACUAGUAAUGUCGCUUGGAGGAUGGGAAGACUCCAGCCGAAGAAGUUUAGCAAGAGGAGUGUGGUUCGAGUGGUCUUCAGUCACACCAAGCUCGAUGCUGGUACCAAGUUCUUUCCACAAAGUGUCCUUGUAUUUCUCAUCAGCAGUGUUCUUGAUCAUGUCCAGCAGCAGAGAAGGAAUUUGAGCCUCUGCCCAACUGGUGAAAGAAAGCCCUUCAGGUCAAGGUUGAGAAGACCGUGGUGUCGCAGCCCUGAUAGCGUCUCCAGUACAGCCAGACUGGCAACCAGGAGGGGAAUCACAAGGGUGCAAGCGUACCAGACGCCAAGGACAUCUCCACAAAAUACUAUGCCAGCCAGGAGAAAACAAUGGGCCGAACCCCAGGCGCGCCCUGGCCAGAGACAGGAUCGGGCGAGUUAAGGAAGACGAAGAUGACAAAACCCUUCUGGAUCUGGCUGUGGGUCUGUUCUAAGCAGCGACUCUCCGGUCGGAAUCUCUACUGCCGGACACGGGAGCCCGUGAGACAAGAGAAGAGAGCUUCGUCUCCGUCCAAACACUGCCCCGAAGCAGAGGCUGACGAGGAAGCAGAGGAAGAGCCGGGAGACGCAGGGGAAGACACGAAACAGUAGGACGUGGGGCAAGGCGAGGAGGAGGAAGUGAACGUGGGCAGAUGGCGAGGAAAUCUACAGCAAAAGGGCCGAACUGCAAAUCGGCGGCCCCUGCGUGAGGAGGGAAUGUGAAGUCCUUUCUUUUGAUAGAGACUUGAUUUGGAUGCUCCCCACCCGUUUCUCCCCCGCACUGUAAAAGGCUGGAAUUGUCGGUCACAAGAAGAAGUGAUCUUUUCAGUUGAAGUUUUUUUUUUUUUUGGUUUUUUGAGACAGGGUCUCAUUAUGUA